AUGAUGGAUUUGAAGGAAAGAAUAUUUUGUCUUCUCUCUUUUGCAAUUUCCAUUUUACUUGGUCUUUUUUUCCCUUCAUCUGUUGAUUCACUGUGCAAUAAAAAUUUAGUAAUUAUAAAUUUUGGAGAUUCAAAUUCUGAUACUGGUGGCUAUGUUAUAAUACAUGGCAUGAUCGGACAACUUCCAAAAGCACGCACCUUUAAUCAUGAUUUAGCUGGUCGAAUGUGUGAUGGCAGAUUAAUUAUUGAUUUUCUAUGUGAAAGUGUGGGAAAUGAGUAUUUAACUCCAUUUAUGGAGUCAAUAGGCACAAACUUCAAAAAUGGUGUUAAUUUUGCUAUUGCUGGUUCUAAAACUCUUCCAAGAUUAGUUUCUUUCAAUUUGCCAAUCCAAAUUGCCCAAUUCCAUCGGUUUCAAUCUCUUUCUCUUGAGUUAUUUGACAAAGGUGAUGGAAAUUUGCUAGGAGAUGAAGAUUUAAGGAAUGCACUUUACACAAUUGAUAUUGGACAAAAUGAUUUGGAUGGAAUAUUUGGUGGUUUCUCAUAUGAAGAAGCUAGCCUCAAAAUUCCUGAUAUCAUUUCUGAAAUUGAAAAUGCUAUAAAGGCAAUUUAUGAACAAGGUGGAAAGUAUUUUUGGGUACACAAUACAGGGCCAUUAGGGUGCUUGCCUAAAUCACUUGCAACUUAUAAGAAAUAUGAGAAUGAUUAUGAUGAGCAUGGAUGCUUAGUUUCUCUAAAUGAAGGUGCAAAAUUAUUCAAUGACAAACUACAACUCCUUUGUGAAAAAUUAAGAGAUGAAUUGAAGAAUAUCACCAUUGUGUAUGUUGAUAUCUUCUCAAUCAAAUAUGAUCUCAUUGCCAACGCUUCUGGUUAUGGGUUUGUGAAUCCAUUGAUGGCGUGUUGUGGAUAUGGAGGGCAACCAUUCAACUUUGAAUCAAACAACAAAUGUGGGCAAGGAAAUUACACAAUCUGUGAGGAUAGAUCCAAGUACAUUAGCUGGGAUGGCGCUCACUAUACAGAAGCAGCUAAUGGAUUUGUUGCCUCCAAAAUACUUUCAACACACUACUCUACACCUCCACUUAAGUUCAAUAAUUUUUGCAACAUCGCACCUUGAUAUGGUACUAAAGACACCUUGUUAAUCAAUGAGAUAGUACAGUUUUGUUCUGGUUAAAAAUCUAGGGUGAAGAUUUUAUGGUCCAUGACAGAUGUUCUUUCAGUUAUACGACUCUUUUCAUAGGAGAUCAGAAAAAUAAAACACUGUGAA